AACAAAAACAGCAUGAGUGAAAGUCAGCCGUCUCAGUGUGCUGUGAACACCACAACGCUCACGUCCCUCUCUCUCCUCAGAUCAGAGCCAUGCAGUGCAGAGUCUCAUCUGUUGCCCUGCUCCUUGGCAGUCAGUUCUACAGAGAAGGAGAAACGGAGUACAGGAACUGGGCCCAGCCAGAGCCAAUCACAGGCCAGCCCUGCGCUGCACUGGUCAGAAAUGAAACAGGAGUAUGGAGAGACUAUGCAUGUACAAAUACUUACUCUUUUGUCUGUUCUCAUAGUGGUAAUGAUCCUGGCAAACCAAAGUACAUCCUGGUUCUAGAACCAAGAACUUGGAGAGACGCUCAGAUGUACUGCAGACAGAAUUACAUAGACCUGGCCAGCAUCAGGAACCAGGCAAAAAACAUCGAGAUACAGCAACUUGUUCUGGGAGAGAAUUCAUCUGCCAUCGUCUGGAUCGGUCUGUUCAAAGACGACUGGAAGUGGUCAGACGGGUCUAACUCCUCCUUCAGAUACUGGGGGCGUGGCCAACCUCAUGAUGACAUUAUCCAUAACUGUGUCGACACACCACAAGAUCAGUCACAGCAGUGGUUCACUUACGAUUGUUCUGCAUCUGAAUAUUUAAUUUGCCACAAUGGGAGCAUCACAAACACGACCAUACUGAGCACUCUUGGUACAACAACAGGGAGCACCACUAAGACUCCUACUAAGGUGAUGCUGGUGGGGAGAGUGGACCUGGUUCCUAAUUCACCUUCAGACUUAGAGGAUCCUGCCAUGUUGGACUCCAUCUUGCAGCAAAUAAAGGCAGCUGGGAGGAUCCCAGAGCACAGCACGCUGAGAUGGAAGAAGCAGAAGGAUGGGAAGGUUUUCCACAAGAAGGAGGAGGAGGAGGGAGGAAGAGGAGACACGUGUCAUUAACAAGUCACAGCUACUAAAUGUUGUUAACUGUCUCUUGUAUCUCUGACAGUACCGAUGAUGUCAAUUACAUUUCUGUAACUAGCAGAUGACAUCUUUAUCACUUCAUACAGUUUAUUUUUUCUUAUUUAUCAGGUGGUGGGUAACAUAAAAUGAAGUAAAGCCUACUGAUCUUGUG